UUUAAAAUUUUUAUUUACAAUCGUAACUAAAGCAAAUGUUUUUAUUUAUUUUGUUAUGUUCUUCUCAUUUAUUACGUUAAUCUUGUGUAAUGUGUGUACUAGAAUAAGUCAACUCUUUAUCAUCGAUAUGCCACCUAAUGAUGCCGAAAGUUAUUGAGUUGACGAUUGAAAUAGAUAUUCAAAAGGUUUCUUGUCCAGGAGUAUGGUUGUGUCAAGAUGGCCGGGUUUCUCUUACAGUAUUUGCCUUGGGAACAAGUUAUCAAACUUGCCUUUUACCCCCAAUGUUUCCACUUAUGUUCAGGGAUGUAUUUUACUUUCGCAAAAGAUUUCAAGAGAGUUGUGCUUUAAGUAAUAUUUGCUGUUUACUAAAGGAUGAAACAAUAUAUUGUGAAUUAGUACAGUGGUGCGAAGAUUGCUCAAGUGGCGAGUGUGUAAUCUUGGCCCAGUAUCUGGGCUCCUUAAAUGAUGUUUUAUUCCCACCAAAUGUGUGUUCUACAGAUGGAGUUGACCUACUUAUGCGCAGAUCUAAGGAUUUUCCUGGAAUUCUAUCACCUAAAAUUGAGAUAGCUACAAAAGUGAGAAUAGAUGAAAUAUGGAGUCAAGGCUGCGGAAUGUACAAUAAAGUGAAGGCUUGUCAUUGUGGUCCUUCGGAUACAGAAGCAAGGCAGAAACAAGUCUGUCAUUCCGCACAAUAUCAUAGGACAAAAUGCAAUCAGGCUAGACGGAUGCCAUCCAGAUCUAGAUCAAGGUCUCGAACCCGAUCAGAGGGUUCCAGGUCUUGUUGUAGCCUGGUUGCAGAACCGGCUGCACAUGCGUCUUGUCGGUGCCCCAACACAUCUAUGGAGUCUGACUUGGGAGGUCUGCCAAGGGAAGAUCGAAUCCAGAAAUUAUUAUUAGAAAGUCAAUACAUAGACUACGACAAACUGUGCAAUACAGAAAAAAAGAAAUAUAAUUAUAAAAUGUCGCCUUGCCUCUGUGAGAUUUGUAAACGAUAUCAUGAAUUGUUUCACACUGAGAAUUAAUUUAUACAAGUUUAUUUAUUUAUUCAAAAUUAUAGUAAUACCAAAUUUAAGUUAUAAAGACUGAUUUAAUCAUGUACAUAGUUUUUAAUUUAUAUAUUUUUUUUGUUACAAAUAAAUACGCACGAAUAAUAUUUUUUUUUAUUUCAUACAAAUUCGAAUGGGUAACGUAAAAUUAAUUUCUCUACAUUAUGGCUUUCAUUAUAAAUACAUUGCUCCCUUAUAAACCACUCUCUCUAAGUUAUAAUAAUUGAGAGAUGCUUACAAAGAAUAUAUCAUUGAAACGGCAGUGAAAAUUUUUACC